AUGUCAGACCAAGAUGACCCAGCUCGAAGGGAACUUUUCGAACGAAUUGUUGCCACAGACACCAACUACCAACUUCCUCGCCAGCGGUCCCCCGAAGAACUCCAGCAGGACUGGCAGUACCUUGUUUCCAAGAUGCAGGAGCUCGCGCGAGGGGAGAUCAGCAAACGCGACCCAGGCAGUCUCGAAGAACUCCGUCAACUCGAGUCACACAUCGAACCGUUCCUCCACGCCGUCCAAUCAGCCGGCCUGUAUUACGAGUUACUGGCGGCCUUCCGCUACGUGGACUUCUACGACCGCGACGUGUUUCGAUUGUUUUCCAAUGUCACCACGGCGUUGGCCCCUUCCGGACGGCGGGAUCUUGUCAAAUCCUUUAUGCUGUUUAUGCCGGAAGGGUGGAUACAGGAUGACCACAGCAAGAUGGGCCGGGACAUAAUAUUUGUGAAAAGACCUGGAGGGUAUUGGCUUCCUAUGGGAUCGUACCCUGACCCCUGA